GUCUUUAAUCUAAUUAUGUAGCAGAAUCCUCACACAACCCUGAAAAUCUCUAACUCCUCCUAUUUUCCCUUGUUUCCCCUCGUCAAGAUCUCCUGCGAGCAAUGAAUUCCCUUCCUGUGCGGGUUUGAGUCUGUUGAGUUUUGAAGUUUGAUGUGAAACUGUUUUGACUGUACCGGCUGUGAAUUUUAGUUAUUUUCUUAACUCAGCUGUUAUAAUGCAUGAAAAUUUAGCAAAAGUUUUCGUGAAAGCUUGUGUUAAUUAAUAUAAGUAUAUUAAGAUUGGACUGAUAAAAUAAGAAUAAGAGAGGUUUCAUUCACUUUCCGGCAGCUGUAAAACUUGCUGAAAAUGUACUGUUAUUCAAAUUAUUAUAAUAGUGAUGUCUGACAUAGCUUUUCGAACAUUUUAAGUAUUUAGUCGUAUACUUUAUUUUAUGUAUAAUUAUUACAUUGUAGUUUUCAUUUUUAAGACGCUUUUUCAUAAUUACACACGCAGAUUCUUGAUAUAUAUACGCAUGGAUGCUUAGAUGUAUGGUAUACUUGGAAUGUUGUUAUUCGUGAAAGGGUGUGCGUAAAAUGUCAUUUUUCAUUAAUUUUAGAAAAAUUUUUAACAUUGGUAAUGUAUCCGGAUCGGAGAAUAAACGUAAGAAAAUCUACAAUAAUAUACGAUUUAAUGAAGAUCCUGAAGAGUUUUGGGAAGUAAUUGGCGAAUUAGGAGAUGGUGCUUUUGGCAAAGUGUAUAAGGCUUUAAAUAAAGAAAGUAAAGACUGUGCAGCUGCAAAAAUAUGUGAACUGAAAGGUGAAGAUGAUCUAGAUGAUUUUACUGUAGAAAUUGACAUUUUAACAGAAUGUCGACAUCCAAACAUAGUAGGAUUAAAAGAGGCAUUUUUUCAUGAAAGUAAAUUAUGGAUGUUAAUUGAAUUUUGCGAAGGUGGAGCUGUGGAUAGUAUAAUGAUAGAUUUAGAGAAACCACUUACAGAACCUCAAAUAAGCUAUUUGUGCCAUGAAAUGUGUAAAGGACUUGAAUUUCUACAUAGUAAAAAAGUUAUUCAUAGAGAUCUGAAAGCUGGGAAUGUUUUACUUACUAUGGAUGCUGGAGUUAAAUUGGCCGAUUUUGGUGUGUCUGCUAAAAAUAAAGACACCUUGCAGAAGAGAGAUUCAUUUAUUGGGACUCCUUAUUGGAUGGCUCCUGAAGUUGUCAUGUGCGAGACCUUUCGGGACAAUUUGUAUGAUUAUAAGGCAGAUAUUUGGAGUUUAGGAAUCACUUUAAUAGAAUUUGCCCAGAUGGAACCGCCUAACCAUGAAUUGAGCCCCAUGCGUGUUUUGUUAAAAAUACAGAAGUCUGAUCCACCCACUUUGGAUCAGCCAUCCAAGUGGUCACCGGAGUUUAGCCAGUUUCUUACGAAAUGUCUCGUAAAAGACCCAUGUAUGCGAUGCAGUGCUGGUGAUCUGCUGAAGCACCCAUUCAUUUCUAAUGCAACUGACAGAAGGCCUUUAUAUGAACUUAUUGUUGAAUACAAAGCAGAAGUAUUUGAGGAAGUUACUGAAGAAGUUGACGAUGAAUCUGAAUCAUCUGUAUCUACAGCAUGUAGGGAUUCUCAGCUGAGUAUGGAUAGUGAAACUGGACUAGAUAAUAUGUCAAAUUUCAGUGAACCAAUUGAUGAUCCUUUGCUGAUCAUAAAAAAGAUUGCUGAUAUAAAAUCUGAAACAUUUGAUCAAAAGACACCAACUGAUGAAAAUACUAUCGUUGCUGAUGACUUGAAUAAAGAGAAAACUAUGGCUGAUGCUUCAAUUGCCAUUGAUAGCAGUGAGGAUGGAAGCUUAUUAUCAUCAGGAACAAAAAUAAUAAAUUCACAGUCAAAUGUUGAAAUCAUGAAGUUAAGUAAUGCUCCAUCCGACACGCAUGAAAUUACAGACAAUAAAUCUGUGCCGAGUGAAAGCAUAUCAGAUGAUAGUAAUAUGUGUACAGAAGUUGCUGUUAAAUCCAUUGAAACAUCUGAUAUUGUUGAUAGUCAUAACCUUCAGAACUAUAAUAUUGAAGAAAAUAGCAAAGUAGAGGGAGAAAAAGCCAAAAAUGAUUUUGAAGCAGAACAAAAUGGUAAGGUUUUAGGAGAUGAAGUUCAUGAUCCCAUUAUUAGUACACUGGGAAAACCUUUCAUAUCUUCGCAAACUUCCCUUGAUACUAUUCAGGAAGCUGGAAACCAGCAGAAUCUUAUUUCUCAAUCUGUAGAGUAAGUACGUGAAAGUGUUUUAAAUUUGAAAAGCAUGUUUGUAGUAGAAUUUAAAAUAUGAAUGUUUUUAAAAUAUUUCUUAAGAGAAUCUGUAAUUAUGUUGGCUACAGUGUGAAAGUAUAGUUUGUAUGUAAUAACUUUAUUCUUAAAAAUCCAGUUUUUAAUUGUAAAUUUAUGAAAACAGAUAUACAAAAUUCUGUAUUUGAUUUUAACCCUCAGGUCUCAGAAUUCAUGACUAGUGUGCUCAGUGUUUAUCCUGAGUGUACACCUUGGAAAAAAAAAAAAAAAAAAGAAAAAGAAAAAGAAAAAGGUGGGACAGUUCUGUAUCUUCAGUUCUGCUUGACCGAUUAUUGAAACGCAUUUUCCAUGUCUCGAAAGAGCGAUUUAGGAUAUAUAUUAAAUUUAUAUAUAGCAUUGUUCUAACAUAUGUAUUUUGACACAAAAUUGAACUUUUUCUAAAAUAACAUGCCAAGUCCAAAUAAACAAGCCAAAAUAACAGUCCCAAAACAUCAUCAAACAUCACGCAUUCCAAGAUGGAAGCAUUAUGAUGAG